AUGUUUAUGGACUAUGAUCGUCUUAGUUUGAGUCGUCCUGACCAGAGCAGAAACAAGCACCCCAUUCAUCACUUAUUUGUGUUCCUCUCCUUUAUCCAGCUCGACUACGAAGACGAGCCCGUGGACUUGGGUCAAUAUGCCUGGUACUGGGGCGAGACUCACCAGGAGCUCGUGCGUCGCGAGCUGUCACGUGCGCAAGACGGAAGUUACCUCGUGCACCACACGGGCGAUAUCGAAUUCCACAUGCUGGCGGUCAAGGUCGGGGAUGAUAUCGUUUGGCAGCCUAUCUACUGUCGGGACGGGCUGGUAGGUUUCACGGAGCCCCUCGGCUUCGAGUCGUUCGAGGACGCCCUGGAGGCGUACACGGAGAGCCAGACGGAGACCCAUGACACGCUGAGAAAUCCCCUGCCCAAACCGGACUUCUCGAAGCUGCGCGAGACACACGCGACAAUGAAGCCCGUUCAGCUGCUGAAGAGACUACGAGACACGCACGGCCUUCUGGGUCAGCGGAUAGAUGAACUGGACAACGUGGAAGGCUGUAUUGAGAGACUUGAACAAGAAAUCGAGGAGAAGAGCAAGUCGACGGAAGCGUACGGCGUGCUGAUCAAGGUCGUAUCUAAGCAACUGGAGAAGACGAAUGAACUCACGAGCUCGUCCAGCGACAGGCUGGAUGAGAUCAACAACAACUGCACGGCACUCACCAAGCGACUGGAAGGUCUGCGACAAGAGCAGACGGCAAUUGAGAGAGAGCGUACUUCACUGGUUACAGAAAGGAACGAACAGUCCAAACUGUCCACACGUUGUCUAGAUGGAAUUAGAGAUCUGGAAAACGAGCUGCAGAAAAUCAAAGAUGACAUUAUCGAGUUCUCGCUGUACGAAAACUGCAUGGGCACCAUGAUGCUAUUUAUAGAUCAUCUGCUGGCGUCUGACGUCACUGAAUUCGCACAGAAGGUUGAGGAGUAUGACAUAGACAAAAGCAUGGCAAAGUCAAUUCUCAAAACGGAAAGUGACGGAACAUUUAUUGUGAGAACUAACAACGACCCCAAUAAACCAUACAGCAUCUCUGUCAGCUACUCAGACGCGGAAAACGAAGGACUUGUGGUUCAUUUCCCGGUGAAACGGGACGAUGGCUGCCUCGGGUUCGACGAGCAGACGUGCAUUUUCCAUGACAUUCAGGACUUGGUCACGUGCUAUGCUCGAAUCCCGUUUGGUUCCCACGACAGUACGUAUGGGGACUUAACUCUGGUCAGACAGGUCGAAAAGAAGGCAAUCGAAGAAGGAAAAAGAGAAAGAAAAUCAUCAGUUUUCAGUACAUUUGCAAGGAAGAUGUCUUUAAAGUAGUGUCUCUGAAGUGCGUCGUAAUUAUAGUUUGUGGACUCGCUGCAAAUCGAGAAAGGAGGGAGUUCAACUGACUCCGGUCUGACAUACGCUCAACACACUGCGCUUUGAUGACUUAUAAACCUCUUGAAUAUUUCAAUCUUAUAUAUACUAUAAAGAUUUCGAUUUUUUUACAUGAACCCAUAGACUUGACGUCACGGUGCUUAUUCACUGAAUAUUUAUGAAUGAAGUCGACGUCAUUUUG